CACACUCUCUUUCCUCUCUUAUUUCUCCCAUACGUUGAGACUCUCUCUCUCUCUCUCUUCCAUUGUUCUUCCCCUCCAUACUCUUAAGUCUUAAUCUUCUCUGUUGUUGAAGGAGCAAGCUGGUGCAUUGCAGGAGUGAUGCAAUGCGACCUACAAAAGCUCUUCAAACCUCACUUGAUAUAUAUGGUUUCAGUGGCUCCUGCUUCCUGGCCAUCCCAGUUAUAGAUCUGAUAUGUAAUGUACCCAUCUUCUUAAAGGUAAUGUGGGCAUUUUCCUUAUAUUUGGAAGCGGUUGCCGUACUCCCUCAGCUUGUAUUGUUGCAAAGGACAAGAAAUAUUGACAACUUGACUGGACAAUAUGUGUUCCUCCUUGGUGCAUACCGAGCACUCUAUGUAUUGAACUGGAUUUAUCGGUUCUUCACGGAAGAGAACUAUGUCCACUGGAUAACUUGGGUUUUAGGGCUUGUCCAGACCUUGCUUUAUGCUGAUUUCUUCUACUAUUACUUCCAAAGCUGGAAGAACAAUGUAAAGCUUCAACUACCAGCUUGAGACAUGAAUGGUGCAAGUCUGUAAGUAGCAUACAUAGAUAAAAAGCUGGUCGGAUUCGAUUACUGGUGCUUAGCAUUCUUUCUUUUGCCCUUUGCUUCGGGGUUGUUUUAAGCAACAUAGAUAUAAAACUGGUCUGAUUUGAUUACUUGUGCUUACCAUAUGGCUU